CGCGACAAAAGCGAACGACAGAUUCAGCCAUACUUUCACAUACGACCGGAUCGAUAGCGCAUAGCGACACACGCACUGACAUCUUCCCCUGCUACACGAUCUUGACACAGCACACAACACACAGCACACGAUGGCCACCUCAAAUCCCUGCACGCUGACCGAGGUCGCAUCCGAUGCCGACUUCGCCAACUACACCAACAACCUCCCAGAGUCGAGCACUCUGCUCAUUUACUUCCACGCUCCCUGGGCCGAGCCGUGCAAGCAGAUGUCCACCGUCCUGUCCACUCUCGCCUCAACCUACACAGCCACCCAGCCGCCCACAAUCUCCUUCCUGGCUCUCGAUGCCGAAGAGCUGUCCGACGUUAGCGAACACUACGACGUCACCCAAGUCCCCUACAUUGUUAUCCAGAAGGCCGGCAAGGUCCUCGAGACUAUCUCUGGCGGCGAUGCCUCUCGCGUGCGCGCCGCCGUAGAGAAGCACGUUGGCGCUGGUAGUGGCAACGCCGGCGGCCUAGGCUUGCCUCCAGCACAGCUUGUCAGCAAGCCCGAGGGAGGUAGUGCAAAGAGCUUGGCGGCCUACGCACCAUCGCCGAACGAUCCCGCCACUGCUCCCGAGUACUCGGCCGCCGAGGCCAACCCUGAGACGACCAAGGAGGAGCUGAACAACAGACUCGGCGAGCUGGUCAAGGCCGCUCCUGUCAUGCUGUUCAUGAAGGGUACUCCUUCGGCCCCGCAGUGUGGUUUCUCGCGCCAGACGGUUAGCCUGCUUAGGGAAAAGGGUGUCCGUUAUGGCUUCUUCAACAUCUUGGCCGACGACGAUGUGAGACAAGGACUCAAGGAGUUUGCCGACUGGCCUACCUUCCCUCAGGUCUGGGUUGGUGGCGAGCUUGUUGGUGGUCUUGAUAUCCUCAAGGAGGAGUUUGAGAACGACCCUGACUUCCUCGCCGACUACUCGGUCGGUGGCAAGAAGGGCGGUCCUGCCGCUUGAUCCGCACAUUCUGCAACAAUCCGAUACACCAAAAACUCCCUCUCAAGAUUCAUGUCACCUACUUUUCUCUUGAAACCUUCUUACGUUCAACAUAGACGAUGACGCCUUCGAUACCAUCAAUGCAACUGUUAUUCCCAAGCCCAACAAGUGUUUUGGUUCUCAAAUUAUCAAGUGAUAUAUACAGCACUUCUUCACGCCUGUAGCUUCCCCCAGGCCGCCUCCAUGUUGGUCGCCUCGACCUGCUGAAGUCUAGGGAGCAAAUUAUGGUGAGCAAUGGAAACGUGCUUACGCCAGACCUCUUCCGUGGCGAAUUCAAGCUCGCAACCGCUAUGUACACAUGGAAGAGAGUCUG